AUGGAUCAAAGGCCUCUUGGUUUGUUAACGAUUCAUGUCAAAAGAGGGAUUAAUCUCGCGAUUCGCGACGCUCGAAGCAGCGAUCCUUACAUCGUUAUUACCGUCGCCGAUCAGACAUUGAAGACACGUGUGGUGAAAAGAAACUGCAAUCCAAUUUGGAAUGAAGAAAUGACUGUUGCAAUCAAAGAUCCUAAUGUCCCAAUCCGCUUGACAGUGUUUGAUUGGGACAAGUUCACGGGAGAUGACAAAAUGGGAGAUGCAAACAUAGACAUUCAACCAUACAUUGAAGCUUUGAAAAUGGGAAUGGAUCUUUUGAGGCUUCCUAAUGGAUGUGCAAUCAAAAGGGUUCAACCAUCAAGACACAAUUGUUUAUCAGAUGAAAGUAGUAUUGUGUGGAACAAUGGUAAGAUCACACAAGACAUGAUACUUAGGCUUAACAAUGUCGAGUGCGGAGAGAUUGAGAUCAUGCUUGAAUGGCAUGAAGGUGCUGGUUGCAGAGGUGUUACUUCUUCCUCUUCUAAAGGAGGAGGAGGCUCUUCCUCUACCUAA